ACUCCACAUCCGCAUAAUAGAUCCAUAUGUGCCAUCGUCUAGUUCCAUCUUUUCUAUAAACCGUAACUGUACAGAAAUGGCUCUUUUUCUCAACGCCUCCUUGUCUUCCACUUCCAAACCUCAUCACCACCGUCUCUCCUUUCCAACCACCUCCGCAACACCUCUUCCUCCGUUUCUGAGAAUCAAUCCAAAGCAACCUCAACAACCUCCUCCAAAACUCACAUUAUCACUCGGUGAAUCCAUCUCCAGUGCUACCAUUGUUGCUCUUCUUUCUGCUUCUCUCUUCUUUGUUCAUCCCGCACUAGCAUUCAAGGGUGGAGGGCCAUAUGGACAAGGGGUUACUAGGGGACAAGAUCUUUCUGGGAAAGACUUCAGUGGCAAGACACUCAUCAAACAAGACUUCAAAACGUCUAUACUGCGACAAGCCAAUUUUAAAGGUGCAAAAUUGUUAGGUGCUAGCUUCUUUGAUGCUGAUUUAACAGGUGCUGAUCUUUCGGAUGCUGAUCUUAGAAGUGCUGAUUUUUCCCUGGCAAAUGUUACAAAGGUAAAUUUGAGCAAUGCUAACUUGGAAGGUGCACUUGUAACCGGAAAUACAUCUUUUAAGGGAUCAAAUAUUACAGGCGCCGAUUUUACUGAUGUGCCACUAAGAGAAGAUCAACGCGUAUACCUCUGCACAAUUGCUGAUGGAGUGAACUCAACAACUGGAAAUGCUACGCGUGAUACAUUGCUGUGCGAAUAGUAUUCUAUUGCUGAGUAUAUCAAACUGUAACUUUUGAAAUUAUUCAAUAAACUAUCGAUUUAAGUCGAAUAUAAUGUAAAUCAUGUCAAAGGUGAGAUUCUCUUUUCAUUAUGCAAAAAAAGCAAAAUAUUUUGUUGCAAA